CUCACCCAUCAACCCAUAACUUCACACUUCUCUCUCUCUCUCUCUCUAAAAGUUCCUCCAUCUGUCUUGCAUGCAAUUUUCUCUCUCUAUCUCCCCUGUUUUCGGCUCUGUUUUUCUUCAAUUUUUUCUCUUCAACUUCAAGAGCUGUCCUCACAAUGGCUGCUGUUGAAGCCAAAAUCAUGCAAAACCCACCUCCCAAAAAGUCACCCAAAUCCCCAUUGGCAGCCCAAAUUUGCCUGAGACUUUUGGGAGCCGCGGCUUCAUUAUCUGCUGCUUUGGUUACGGUCACCAGUAAGCAAACUGUCUGUUUGUAUGGCGCCGUGAUUGACGCCAAAUAUACCUACUCCUCUGCUUUCACGUUCUUUGCUAUUGCAAAUCUAGUUGCAUGUUUCUUCUACGUGGUUUCUUUGUUUGCUGCUGGAAUCCUUGCUCGAAAGUGCUCAGGCCCAAACCAGUACUUCUUCAUGUUUCUCCAUGAUCUGGCUGUGACGACAUUGCUCAUGGCUGCGUGUGCGGCCGCAACAGCAAUAGGGCUCGUGGGCAAAUUUGGAAACAGCCAUAUUGGGUGGAUGGCAAUUUGUAACGAUUUCGGCAGGUUCUGUGACAGGAUCAUCAUUGCCGUGAAUCUUUCCUACUUGGCCUUCCUCGUGCAUCUGCUUCUCACUGUCAUCUCGGCAAACAAAUUAAGAGGAAUCCACGUUUGAUGAAGCACGCUUUUCGACCAGCCGGCAGAAGAAGGAUCGAGGCGGUACAUUAAUAUAGACAAAAAUGUUACGUACGGACGCAGACGAGCAUGCACGGAUCCAAAUACAGAUGUGUUUGAAAUUAUCCGGUCGAUGGUGCGGACUUCACAUUUACCAUAUGGGUCCCAAGUGCAUGUCUGUUGUGUAGGUUGUGUUGCUCUAAUGUAUAUCGUCGGCUACAAAUUUUACAUUACAUGCCUGCAGAAAUAAAUAAAAUGUAUCCCAAGCAUUACCUGGAAAA